AUGGAUGCCCUUAGGCUGUGGGGCCCCUCGCUUCCCUCUGCUGCCCGAAAUCUCCUUAUUAGGGGCCCCACAAGGGGGCCCCUGACCUGUUUACUUCAUCUGGGGGGCCCCCCGUUGAAGGGGCCCCCCGGCGUCUCUUUAGGGGGGCCCCCAGGGGGCCCUACUCGUAAGGGGGCCCCAAGAGGAUCGGGGCCCCUGUGGGGUCUUUCUGAUGUUGCACAGAACCCUGGGGGCCCCCUCAACAAUGUUAAGGGGCCCCUGUUUAUAUCUUCUCGCUUCCUUAGUCUCAGAGGGAGGCGAGACACGGAGCUGCUGCAGCUGCUGCAGCAGCAGCAGCAGGAAGCAGCAAGACAACUCUCUUCUGGGGCCCUCUGGCACAUUUGGAAUCCUCCGGGGAUCGUCUUCAGCUCCCGCAGGCUCGUAAAAAAACAUAUACCUCCACCAGAGGCCCCUCAGUUUCUUGACUUUGCUUCGGGGGGCCCCCUGUGUCUCUGGCUGCUGGGGCAGGGGACUCGCAGGGGCCCCUCUUUCUUGCUGCAGCUGCUGCAGCAGCAACCCAACUGCAAUUUUGUCGGAGCCACCCAUGACUCACACGUGCUGCAUGCAGUCUUCGCCGAAGCAGCGAGACGCUUUGGUUUCUGCGAGGAGAGCCCGGAGGCGUUUGCUACUUUGCGUUUGCUGCUGAUGCAUCCUCUUCUCGUUCCCUCCUUCUUUCAAGAAGAGAAUUUAUUGGCUGAAACGUGGGUCUAUAUGACUCUCCCCUGCAGCAGCAGCAGCAGCAGCAGCAACAGCAGCAGCAGCAGCAGCAGCAAGAACAACGGCAAAAAGAAAGGCCAACAGCCUCAUCCGCUGCUGAGCCCAGAACUCUUAGCACUGCUUCACCCACGCUGUGCACCUGGAUCCCGGGUAUACUUCUUCUUUGAGGUGCAGCAGCAGCAGCAGCAGCAGCAGCAGCAGCAACAGCAGAUUUUUCGUCAGGUGCGAGACGCAAUAAGACUCCUGCGCCUGAGCGCUAAAGGCCCUCAGAACCCAACUGGGGCCUCUGAGGUUUUAUUUGAUUUCUUAGAUGUAGGGUGCCCUCAGGGGGGCCCCUGGGGGCCCCCCUCAGGGGGCCCCCCCGUUGUAGAGCUGCGGCCUGAUGACUGCUGGCUGCAAGGGAAGGUACUACCCUAUACCGUUGCUUUCGAAGAGGAAAUGGAGGGGCCCCCCGAAGAGGAGGGGGCCCUUUCAGCACCAGCAGCUGCUGCUGCUGCUGCUGCACGUGCUUCUGUAGCUGCUGGUGCACCUGCUGCUGUAGCUGCUGCUGCAGCACCGCUGGAGCUGCGGCUUGCUAGUGGGGCCCACGUGAGAAUUGUCGGGGGGCCCAGGAGAGAGGCACAGAAGGGGGGCCCCCAGAAAUCGCAUGAGGGGCCCCCUACGGCUCCUUUGAGCACGAGGGGGGCCCCCCGUCUCCUGCAGCAAGGCAGUGCAACAGUAUUUUAUGCUGCUCUUUAUUUAGAAGAGUUUAGCCCGGCAGCAACAACUCCCCCAGACAAGGAUGAAAAGGAUAAGCGGGCGAAUGUCACUGCUGUAGAUGUCGCUGAGGGUAUUUCAGCGGAGCUUCAGAGUCUCUCAGAGCAUUCAAAACGUUUUCACGUACACAGCCAGCUCCUUCCGGGAGUUGUGUUUAUUCGAUUUACUCGAGAAGAAGAUAUCCCCUCGGAGAUUUGUCACGGCCUGCUGAAAUGCGCUGUGAACAACCCUGGAAAAUUCUCCUGCAGGCACGCGUCUCGUCUGCUGCCAGUGGAUGUGUGCGCUGCGCCUUCUGCGGAUGCUUUGGCUGCUGCAUGCGCUGACAUUUGCUGCACUUCUUUGUCUUUCUCCUCGGCAGCUAUCAACAGGAAGAACACUAAUAACCCGCAUGCACAAGCAGCAGCACAACCUCCCUCUCAUGCUUCGGAAGCUGCUACUGCUGCUGCUGCUGCUGCUGCUGCAGUAGUUGCAGAAGCUACUUCGGAAGCGGAUGCUCCUGCUGCUGCUGCAACAGCAGCAGCAACAACACCAACAAAGGACGACCAACACGAACAACAAACAGCAGCAGAAGCACAGACAGCAGCAGAAGCACCUGCAGCAACAGAUACAGCAGCGGCAGCUACAGAAGCAGCAGCAGCAGCAGCAAAAGCAACAGCAGCAGCAGCGCCUCCGAAGAGCGAUGCAGAAGAUGCAGAUCCAGCCCAAUCAGCAAAAGAAGAAAACCCUGCAGGAGCUGCAGCAACGACAGCAGCAACAUCAACAGCAGCAGCAGCAACAACAGCAGCAGCAGCAACAGCAGGUACAUAUUCGACACAGGGGCAGCCUAAGGGAGGCUAUAAAACAAUUAAAAAAGAAGAGGUGCUGCAGCUGCUGACAAGCGCUGUAGGGGCUGCCUAUCGCGUAGAUAUUAAUAAUGCACAGCACACCUUUAUUGUUGAGGUUAACCCUUACUUUUUCGGGGUUUCUCUCGUGAAGGAAUUCGGGAAGCUAUUUAGAUAUAAUCUGCACAGGUGCUGCCAUCCAGAAUCAGAAGCAGAGAAAGACAGCAGCAGCAGCAGCAGCAGCAGCAGCAGCAGUAGCAGCAGCAGCAGCAGCAGCAGCAGCAGCAGCGGUGUUAAGAACGGCGAAACAAACGGCGAGAGAGGAGGCACAUAA